UUGGCGGGUAUGCACGUACAAGUAGUGUGUUCAUCACAGAACGUGUUCAUUUAAUCACGACUUAAAAUGUUCAUAUUGUGUUCAUGAUUUAGUCUGAAUUGUCGAUUUCUGAUAUUGGUUAAUUCAAUUUUAUGUUUCACUUUUGUUUAAAUGGUAACCUGCCCUUUUAAAAUAUAAAAAAAUGAAAACAAGAAAAAGGCCUUUAAAAGAAAAUUCAGACUCCAAUUUAAAUAAACCAAAGAAACAGAAACUUAAAAAUACUGGAGACAUUUCUGUAGUGAAGCUUGAAAAAUGUAACAUUUGUAAACAAUACAUGCAGGACAUCACACUUUACAGUGGACACCUUAAUAAAUCAUGUGAAGAAUUCGUUGCUUUAACAGAUGAAAAAUUAUCCCUUUUCACAGGUGAAGAAGAAAAUAUUCCUGAAGGAGAUGAGUUACCACAACAUAAGAUCACUCACUUUAGUGUUUAUGAUGAUAAAGGACAUUUGUGCCCCUUUGAUACAGGUUUGGUUGAAAAAAAUGUACUGUUGCAUGUUUCUGGUUACAUUAAACCAAUAUAUGAUGAAGACUCCUCUUCAAAUAAUGGUAUACCAACACAUGACAUGGGACCGAUUAAUGAAUGGUACAUAAGUGGUUUUGAUGGUGGUGAAGUGGCACUAGUAGGUAUUUCAACUGCUUAUGCAUCAUAUAUUUUGAUGGAACCAUCAGAAGAAUAUGCCCCAUUUGUUAAACUUCUGAAACAAAAAAUUGCAUUAGUGAAAUUAAUAAUGGAAUUUCUUCUCAAUCAUUGCACUGAAGAUCCUACUUAUGAAGAUUUGUUGACAGAAGUAGAAACCAGUGGUAAUUGUGAGUUAACUGAAGAUUUCCUUUUGCAACAUGCUCAAUUUAUUUGUGAUCAGAUUUAUAGCUAUGAUCAAGCAGGGGGAGAAGAUGAUAGUUUAUGCUUAAUAACCACACCAUGUGUAAGAACUCUAGUAAACUUAGCUGGAGUUACAUUUCGAAAGCGCAAAAAAUUACGCCAGAAUGAGAGAGGACUUUCAAAGACAACUACUUUCACAAAAGCCACCACAACUGCUUUGGUCAGAUCUAUAUUUGAAAACUUUUUCCCUGACCAAAUAGAAAUUAAAGAUAAAAAGGGACCCAAGAAAAGAAGAUGUGGUGUGUGUGAUGCUUGUCAAGCACCAGAUUGUGGUAAAUGUACAAACUGUAAAGAUAUGGUAAAAUUUGGAGGAACUGGAAGGGGUAAACAGGCAUGUAAACUUCGAAGAUGCCCUAACAUGGCUGUAGAAGAUGCUGAGUUAUCAGAAAAUGAAGAUGAAGUAGAAGAGGAGAAAGAACCUGUCAAGAAGAAAACUGUCUCUGCUAGACUGAGUGUUAAUAAAGUUAAAUGGUGUGGAAAACCAAUUUUAGAAUCUAAAGGAAGACAGUUUUAUAAUAGAGCUGUUGUUGGUGAAAUUGACAUUCAAGUAGGAGACUAUGUAAUGUUAAAUCCUGAAAAUCCGAAUGAACCAUUAUGUAUUGCUAAAGUGGAGUACAUGUAUAACAAAUUCCCACAAGGUCCUACAGUUCAUGCCCGUAUGUUCUAUAGAGGAAGUGAUACAAUUUUGGGUGAAACAGCAGAUCCACAAGAAUUGUUUGUAGUAAAUGUUUGUGAUGAUUGUCCACUUGGAAGUGUCGUGAGAAAAGCUGAGGUUGUUUUUAAAGAGACUCCAAAAGACUGGUUUAAUUUAGGCGGUACGGACACAUUAGCACACUAUGAAGAUGAUGGGCAUACAUUCCACUUUUCAAAACAGUACAGUGUUCCAACAGCCACAUUUACUGACUAUGUUGAAAUAAAUCAUAAAGAAAGCAUAGACUCAUGCAGUAAUUGCCGUUUGGAAGAUAAGAAAAAGAAAUUUGAAACACCAGUAUUUCAAGAUGAAGUGGUCACAUGGCGCGAACAAACUUUUCGUGUCGGAACCUCCGUUUUCCUUAAUCCGUCUGUGUAUAACUUUUCAUCUUACUCAUAUGAAACAAGUAGUGAUAGCGUAAAGAGUGUUGACGAGUCAGUGUACACUGAAAACUAUAGGAAAACUGGAGAUAUGAAAUAUUCAAAUCAAGAUACUCCAGAACCCUUCUGCAUUGGACAAAUUGAAGAAAUACGGAAUAAAAACAAUGAUAUAAAUAUUAAAGUGAGAAUAUUUUUCAGAGCUGAAAAUACAAAAAGUGGUAUGUUUUUGGCUUACCAAACGGACGUAAAUCUUGUAUAUUGGACCGAUGAAGUAUUAACCGUUUCUUUCAAAGAAGUAGUUGCCAAGUGUUACCUAAUGUACUAUGACGUAAUUGACUCAGCACCAGCAGAUUGGUGCGAUGAAGGACCCUACCGUUUUUAUUUUAGAGAAUCAUACAAUCUGAAAACAUAUAAAUUUGAAGAAGUUCCUAGUAUUGCCAAAAAAAUCGGUUACGUAGGAAAAGGCAAAGGCAAAGGGAAAAGCAAGUCGUCUAAAGUAUCUCUGGAGCAGGCUCCGGUGUGGGAUAAAAUUGAAGAUCCUUUACGUUGUAUGGAUGUUUUUGCUGGAUGUGGUGGUCUGUCAAACGGUCUCCAUCAAGCUGGAAUAGCUGAAACUAAGUGGGCUAUUGAAAAGGAAAUAGCAGCAGCACAAGCUUUUAAACUAAAUAAUAAAGAUUGUCAUGUAUUUACUGACGAUUGUAAUAAUGUUCUACAGCAAGUUAUGUCUGGGGAGGAACGAUUGAAAGGUUUGCCGGCCAAAGGUGAAGUGGAAUUGUUGGUUGGAGGACCUCCGUGUCAGGGAUUUUCAGGAAUGAACAGAUUCAAUGCCGGACAGUAUUCAUUAUUUAAGAAUUCUCUAGUCGUUACGUUUCUAAGUUUCUGUGAUUAUUACAGGCCAAAGAUAUUCGUGUUAGAAAAUGUAAGAAAUUUUGUAUCAUUUAAAAGAUCCAUGGUAUUAAAACUGGCACUAAGAUGUCUCCUAGCUAUUGGUUACCAGGUUACCUUUGGUGUUUUGCAAGCGGGUCAUUACGGCGUUCCUCAGACUAGAAGACGUCUAGUUUUGUUAGCUGCUGCUCCAGGAUAUGUUUUGCCACAACUACCAGAACCCCAACAUGUGUUCAGCAAAAGAGGAACUCACUUGUCAUUUGCUUUAGAUGGUGUGAAAUAUGUAAAUGGAAACAUAUGGAACGAAUCGGCGCCUUAUCGUACCAUAUGCGUUAGAGAUGCGAUUUCUGAUCUACCCGAUAUUAAAAAUGGAUGGAACAAACCAGAAAUACCUUACGAAGAAGAUCCAAUUUCACACUUCCAGAGAAAAAUGAGAGGCCACGCUUCCAGUAAAGUACUGGUUGAUCACAUCUGUAAAGAAAUGGCUCCAAUUGUAGAAGCCAGAAUAACUUAUAUUCCUGAAGUACCUGGUUCAGACUGGAGAGAUCUGCCAAAUAUCUCAGUUAAAUUAAAUGACGGAACAAUGACAAACAUAUUGAGAUAUCCGUACUUUACUAAGAAACAAAAAGACGGUGAACCUAAUCGUGGAGUAUGCCAAUGCAGCAUUGGUACGCCUUGUGAACCAUCGGACCGCCAAGUGAAUACCCUAAUUCCGUGGUGUCUUCCACACACUGCUGAUAGGCAUAACCACUGGUCUGGACUCUAUGGACGUUUGGAGUGGGAUGGAUUUUUUGGCACAACAAUCACAAAUCCUGAACCCAUGGGAAAGCAAGGGAGAGUGCUUCAUCCCGAACAGAACCGUGUCGUCAGUGUACGAGAGUGUGCUCGAUCGCAAGGUUUUCCUGAUCAUUUUAAAUUUUAUGGUAGCAUUAUGGACAAGCACAGACAGGUUGGCAAUGCGGUUCCACCACCUUUAGGAAAGGCAAUUGGGUUAGAGAUAAAAAAGGCGCUGGCUAAAUUCAACAACGCACAAACUUAAAAAUGUGUAAAAUAUGUUUUAUUUUGUAUUUUAUUACUUGACGGAAGUAAUGUAUCUUUUUUACCUCAUACAUCAGUUGUGCAUAAAAUGAAUAAAAGUUUUUAUCAUA